AUGGAAGAAGAACAAGGGGACUCAGAGGAUGUGUCAGUGGAGGAUGAGCAGGGCAUCCCGGCGGGAGGGACAAAUCGUGGGGUAAGGAGUGGAGGAAACCAAGCUGAUGCCAACGAGGGUGAGUCACGCGGCACCCAACCCAACGAGACUGCCAGCAAGGCAAGAUCACCAGCAGAUAUUGCUGAUGACCCGGAGAUCUGGCGCCAGGUGGAAGGGUGGGAGCUGGGCCCGAUGUGUUGCAGUGCUCAACCCUUCCUGUUCCGGAAGCUGCCCCCCAAAAUCCUGGGAGCGAGGCUAAUAGCACUGGAGAAGCCAGGAGGAGGAGUCAGACCGAUCGCCAUCGGCGAAGCGAUAAUUAGGCUAACGGCAAAAGCCGCGCUGCGGAAACUCUCACCAGAAAUUCGGAAGUUUUUUCUCCCGGUUCAGUUCGGCGUGGCGGUACCCGGAGGAGCAGAGACAGUAAUCCACGCUACCCGAGCACUACUGAAGGAAAAACCGAGCCGCAUCGCCAUCCAUCUGGACGUCGAAAACGCAUUUAACUCCGUCGAACGAGGAAGCUUCUUCACAGCGCUCAAAUGGACAGCUCUCGAACCGCUACUACCCCUGGUCCGCACGCUCUACGGCGAACCGGCGCGUCUCCUGCUGGACCCGGGCUUCGACGAACGCUACAUCGAAAGCACUCGGGGCGUGCGUGAAGGCGACCCACUAGGGCCAAUGCUCUUCGCGGCGGCAAUACAACCGACCCUGUUGAGUGCAGCGGCGAGGUGUCCCAACACGAUGGUGCUGGCGUACGCAGACGACAUCACGAUAAUCGGCGAGCCGGCGGAGGCGAUUAAAGGAGUGCAGAUCAUCACUGAGGAACUCCGCAAGUGCGGACUACGAUGCAACUUGGAGAAGUCUUCAGCGUGGUGCCCAGCAGGAUGCGCGGAUGUACUCCCUGAGGGGCUGGUGGCGGCGGUCGAUGGAAUCCGGGUGCUGGGGAGCCCGAUCGGAACUAGAGAGUAUGGGAGAAGGUCCCUCCGCGCAACCCUGCGCACGAUGGCGUCGCCAUUAACCCUCAUCGGCAAACUGCACCCACAGCACGCACUCCUCCUCCUCUCGAGGUGUGUGUCGAGACGCAUCUCCUACCUCCUCCGAACCACCCCGGCUGACACACUCCCUCUGGUGGAAUGGAGGGACUGGAGCGAGGAACUUCUGUGGACAGCACUCAAAGCGGCAAAGAUACACGCACCUGUCGAUGAGCUGGAGCAAAGCCUAGUCUGGCGCCAGGCCACGCUACCGGUCUGCCUGGGGGGGCUGGGGCUGAUAGACCCGCUCUCGGAGGCACCAGCCGCGUACUUGGCAUCCUUACACGCCGCCAACACCCUACUCAGACACAUGACGCUGACGCCGGACAACCCGCUACAGCUUGUGGCGGACCUAGUGUCACCAAUGGGAGGGGUCCAGGGGGCAGCGGAGGGGGAGGUAACGCUACUGGACUUGCGCAACCGGCUACCUGACCAGGCGAGGGAGAUCCUGAAAGCACAACACCAGAAGGGCGAGCUAAUCGACUUGGGGGAGUAG